AGGAGCUCCGUGCGGGUCAGAACCAUCUCAAACAUCAACCUCUAGUCAUGAAGUGUAACUACCUCCUCUCCUGGGCCUUACUGCUCCUGGCCUCUGGUCCACUGCUGGCCCAUCCCAUCACAGAAUCUGCUGAGAUGUCGUAUCCAGGACCUGUGUCCGUGGAGGAGCGAGGAGUCAGCUCUCUGGAUGAUCUGUCUCUCUCUGAGCAGACCUUCCCCCUGCAGGACGGUGCUGGUCUCAGAUAUUCCACUCUGCUGUCUGGAGAGAUCAACAGAGACGGUGCCAGAGCAGCAGGCCUGCUUCCUCGAGGGAUGAAAAGAGAGGCCCUUAUGGAGAAACAAGCUCUUUUAAAUCCAUUCAGCCAUGUGCUGGGCAUCCGGAAGCAGUUCAGGAAGCGAGCCGGGAAUUCGGAGUGUUUUUGGAAGUAUUGUGUUUAAAAAUGGGCGUUGAUGCUACACAUAGGAGACAGGGCUUGCACUGAAAUACAAACACCCCAUACUGCACUCACAUAAGU